UCCAGCUGUGUUGACUUCCGCUGUGAGCUGAGAGAUACGUCAGUGUGAUCAGGAACAUACUCAUUCAACGGGAUUAUAAACUUACUGCCGCUUUUAUUCAUACACGGAUUGAUUCCAUCUCUGCAACAAAAACAUUCAGUCUUUCUUUACCCUCCUCCUGCUCCUGUUUACUGGAACGCUCUGCUGUGCUCCUGGAUAGAGAAGCCAUUUUCCAUCAUCUCUUCCAGCAAGAGAAGCAGUGAGCAGUCUUAAAGAGACGACAGUGGACUCAAUGAGGGAGCCAGAGAGGGAGGAGCAGCUUGACCCCAGCAUGCCUCCCAAAUUCAAACGGCAUCUGAAUGAUGAUGAAGUCACCGGCUCUGUUCGCAGUGAGAGGAGAAACCUACUGGAGGAAGACUCUGAUGAAGAGGAAGACUUUUUCCUGAGAGGACCAACAGGACCAAGAUUUGGUGUUCAAAAUGACAAAAUUAGACAAGUGCAGUCUCAGGUUGAUGAAGUCAUUGAUGUCAUGCAGGAGAACAUCUCCAAAGUGAUUGAACGAGGAGAACGUCUGGAAGACCUGCAGGACAAAUCUGAAAGCCUAUCAGACAAUGCGUCGGCAUUCAGUAGUAGAGCCAAGCAGAUCCACAGAAGGAUGUGGUGGAGAGACAAGAAGAUGAAAAUGAUUGUGGCUCUCGUGGUGGUCGUCCUCCUACUUAUCAUAAUCAGUGAGUACACACAUCCAUACACACACACACACACACACAGACACAUUUUUGCAUGCAUGCUUGUACAAGAAAAUAACCUUAUAAAAUGGGAAAUUUAGAAAUGUCAGUAGACAGGUCAAACUUUUAUCUACGUUAGUAAAUGUGCAACUCACACAAAACAGAUACUUGAAUACACCUUUUAUGAUGAACGUUUUCCAUUUCUAAGUUCAGAGUCAUUUUUAUAUUUCUUUUUCUGGGGAUUAAAGUAAAAAA